AUGGAAGAGAUAGUUGUCCCAUUGAAAAUAAAUGUUGUUGGAAAUGCAGGAGUGGGCAAAACGUCAAUCAUUGAGCGCUUUGUAAACAACAAAAUUCACGACCAAAAUGUCAAUUCAAUUUUUUGCGCCUUAAUUAUGAAAUAUAUGGUUUACAAUAAAAAAGAAAUCAAAGUUGUGUUGUGGGAUGUAGUUGUGUUUGAUCCACACGAUCCAAAGUCGUUUGAAGAUGUCAAUACGUGGAUUGAAACAGCGAGACAAACGACUGCUAAUGGCGUUAUUUAUGUUGUUGUAUGCAACAAAGUUGAUUUAGCCAAUCCACUUAUCACACAUGAAAUGGCACAAAAUUUGUGCAACAGCGAGAAAGAAGUCGCACUUAAGAUGUGUUCAGCAAAAACGGGAGAAGGAGUCAAUGAGUUGUUUAACUUUGUGAUAGGUAAGAUUUGUGACAAUGAUGAAUUGUUUGAGCAUUUGUAUCAACAACAACUCGAUUAUCAACAGAAUGCACAACCACAAGAUUUGACAAAGGAUUACAGUGCCUGUCGAAUUAUUUGA